CCUUCCCCUCCCCGCGGGCCUGGGGCUGGACCGGGCUGCGGCCGCCUGACUUCGCCGUCUUCUUCCUCGCAGGCUCUCGCUGCCGGGCUGCGCUGGGACUCCCUCGGCCCCCCGCGGCUGACGCGCCGCCUGGCCACGCUGCCGCCCGGAGACGGGCCCAGGACGCGCCCGUCCAAGCCGGGGCCAGUUUCCUGGACGUCCCUGGCAGUCACGUUUGCAGUCGGAGGUGCUCUGCUGGCAGGCAUGAAGUACUUGAAGAAAGAAAAAGAAGAAUUGCUGGAGAAGGAGCGAAAGCGAUCACUGGGGAAGCCUUUGCUGGGAGGCCCUUUCUCUCUCGUCAAUCAUGAAGGGCAGCCAAGGACCAACAGUGACUACCUGGGCCAGUGGGUGUUAAUCUACUUUGGCUUCACACACUGUCCCGAUAUCUGUCCAGAGGAACUGGAGAAAAUGAUUCUAGUGGUGGAUGAAAUUGACAAGAUCCCAUCUUUGCCAGACUUGACCCCAUUGUUCAUUACUAUUGACCCAGAGAGGGACAACCAAGAAGCCAUUGCCAGAUAUGUUAAAGAAUUUUCUCCCAAGCUUAUUGGAUUGACUGGCACCAAAGAGGAGAUUGAGCAGGUGUCCAAAGCCUACCGUGUGUAUUACAGCCCAGGGCCCAAAGAUGAAGACAGUGAUUACAUAGUGGACCACACAAUUAUAAUGUACCUCGUUGGACCAGAUGGUGAUUUUGUGGACUAUUAUGGUCAGGACAAGAAGAAUUCUGAGAUUGCGGCUUCUAUUGCUGGACAUAUGAGACAACGUAAAUUCAGCUGAAAUGCAAGAUGUUCAAAGAAUGUUUGCAAACCCAAACUAUAAUGAGGAUUGCUACAAGUCUGGCAUAUCUUUGCUUUCAACUCCACUGACCCAGUGCACUUUAUCCUUGUGUCAUGAGUCAUCUCUCCCAAAUAAAAGAGGUACAUAUCGUACUUAAUUUUA